AUGACUUCGCGUCCACGGGCUGGCCGAGGAAUGACCGGCCGUGAUGGCAAAGAAUCAGAUCUCGAGAACGAGAUGUUGAGCAGAGCUCUUGAGAGUCUACGAAAAGCACAGGGUUUCAACGAUCAUUGCCGGAGAUUAGGACAGGAGAUUGUGGCCUUGGAGGAAGAGAUCAAACUAAUUGGACACUCGACACCCGACCAGCAUAAACGACUUGACUCUCUGUACAGGGAAAACCUCCGAUAUUCCGAAUUGGAGAAAAAGGUACAUGACGAAGAGGACAUUAUUAACAAUCUUGCGAUACUGGCUACGAUGAAGUCAAAUGAUGACAUCGCUCCCCGGAAUGGUCAACCAAAGUCUCGGAAGAACCAACGGCCUAUUGUUGAGUCAGAUGUGAUUGUUGAAUCUCCUGGGCCCAGUCCAGGCGAUGGGCGGCUAGAAAUGAUCAAGCGUGUGAAAGGAACAUCUCAAAGAAGUUCCAGUACCGCCAGUCAAAACCGUGCAGCGGCAGCUGCUAGUGCUAAAGACGACGGAGCCGAAACUCAUCGAGGGGUUCAAGCGGAGAAGGCAGGGCAGCUUAUUGCUGGUACCGAGGUGUUUUACAAGUAUCCCAAGGACCAGCAAGAACAAGAAGAGGGAGUGGGUAUCCAUGGCAUCAUCAAGAAAGUGUGGCAGGACAAGAAACCUAUCCAGUACGACGUGAGGGACCCGGAGGACGACCCUUCGGGCAAGCAGACCGUGCGGAAAGCAACAGCACGAGAUCUUGUCCCUAUCCCACAAGUCAAUACUGGUGGACCACAAUUCCCAACUGGAGGGAAUGUGUAUGCCAAGUAUCCAGAUACAGACACGUUCUACCGAGCCAGAGUCAAGAGCUUCCAGAAAACCGUUUACAGCCUGAAAUUCGACGAGGAUGAUAAGGAGAUGCUCGUUGAUGCACGAUUCGUGCUGGACUCGCGGUUCAAAUGA